AUGCAUAAACCUGCCGCUGCGGGUAGAUUCGCUGGAACCGUCGCAUGGACCGAUGGAUUCAGGCGUGAUUUUUGUAAAUUCUUUGCCGGUGUUGCAGCACCGACAAUUAAUAUUGAAGAUAUGAUUGGUGUCCGAUAUAUGUCUGUUGUAGGAACGACACAUCAGGUUGGCCUAAUCAUAGCAGCUACCUUCAAUAAAAUUUGGAAAUUAUGGAUGAAAAGGUUGUUCUUCUAUGAUUCACAGGAAAGUCUAGGGCUUCUUGCUUUAUUUGGUUACAUGCUCUUCCUAUUCUACAUUGGUGUCAAAACAGAUAUGAGUGUAGUCCACAAAACUAGAAGUGGUACCACCAUCAUAGGCUGUAGUGCUAUAGUGGUUCCUUUUCUAUGUGGCAUUGCGGUUCUAAUGUUCAUCUCGCAAAGAUUCAUACACCCCGGGCGAACGAAGAUAUUUACAAUUAUCAUUGGAUUGUUCUGUAUGACUCCUUUCCCUGUCAUUUCCUCAACAUUAAGUGAUCUCAAGAUCUUGAAUUCCGAAUUGGGUCGAAUCGGCCAAUCAGCAUCAUUAGUCAGUGAAAUUUUCAGUGUAUUCAUAGCAUCGUUAAUGACGUUUGAGAAAUUAUACGCGGAGCGUGGUUUAGCAGAUGCUUUGCUUUGCAUUGCGUCCGCUAUCUUCUUUAUACUAUUGGUUAUAUUCAUUAUUCGACCAGCGAUGUUUUGGAUUAUAAAAGAGACGCCGGAAGGUUCUCAUGUGAAUGAUAACUAUGUUUAUAGUGCACUCAUAUUUGCUUUGUUAUCAUCCUAUGCUUCAUAUAAAUUUGGAUUCUUUAGUCUCUUUGGACCUUUUGUGUUGGGUUUGGCUAUUCCAGAAGGACCUCCAUUAGGCACAGCUAUUAUAAAAAAAAUUGAUACUUUUGUUAAUGAGAUUUUGAUGCCAUUGUUUGUGACUACAAGUGUUAUGAGGGUAGAUUUCAAAGAGUUGUUGAGAUGGAGAAAUGAAAAUGAUGGAAGUAUUGAUGAUUUUAUGGUGCAAACUUUGGUUCUUAUUGUAGUGAUUUUUGUUACCAAAUUUAUUGCUUGCAUGAUAGUUCCUUUACGCAGUAAGAUGCCAUUGAAGGAUGCUGUGUCUCUAGCUUUGAUUAUGAGUUCCAAAGGCGUUGUCGAGAUUUCUGCUUUCGCUGUGGUUAGAGACUCCCAUGAGCUACCAGAUAACGUCUUUGCUUUAUUGAUGAUGUCCAUCAUAGUAAACUUUACAUUGAUUCCAAUGCUGUUGGGUUAUAUCUAUGAUCCAGCAAAGAAAUAUACAGGUUACACAAAGAGAAACAUAGCAGAUCUCAAAAGUAACUCGGAACUUCGAGUUUUAGCAUGUAUUCAUAGAACAGACAACAUUCCAGCAACAAUAAAUCUUCUAGAAGCAACAUAUCCAACAAAAGACGAACCACUAUUCACUUACGCACUUCAACUCAUUGAACUAAUAGGAAGAGCUUCACCAAUCUUCAUUUGUCACCAACUUCAAAAAAAGAAGAAAUCAAAUUCAAACAUAUCAAUGGCUGAGAAGCUUUUAGAAUCAUUUCAAAGUUUCGAAAGAGAGUUCAAUGAUUGUUUAGUUGUCAACACAUUCACGGCGAUAUCACCGGCAGAAAUGAUGUAUGAUGAUAUUUGUACAUUAGCACUUGACAAGUUUACAUCACUUAUUAUCCUUCCUUUUCAUCGGAAAUGGUCGAGCGAUGGUAACUCAAUCGAGUUAGAAGACGAGUCGUUAAGGGACUUGAAUUUUAGGGUUAUGGAAAGAGCACCAUGUUCUGUUGGUAUUUUAAUUGAAAGAGCACAAAUGACACAUAUUUUCUCACCAGAAACACCUUAUAAUGUGUGUUUGAUGUUUAUAGGUGGGAAAGAUGAUAGAGAAGCACUUUUUUUCACAAAGAGAAUGACUAAGAAUCCACAUGUUAAACUAACUAUUGUUAGGUUCUUGGCUUUUCAUGUUGAUGAAUCAAAGGAUUAUUGGGAGGGUUUACUUGAAAAUGAAUUGUUGAGUGAAAUUAAGACAAAUAAUAAAGUUGGUGAUGUAAGUGUUAAAUAUGUUGAAGAAACUGUGAAAGAUGGACCUGAAACAGCAUUGAUUAUUAGGUCUUUGGUAACUGAAUUUGAUUUGAUAAUUGUUGGGAGACAAGCUGGGAUUGAAACUCCUCAAACUUGUGGAUUGUUGCAAUGGAGUGAGUAUCCUGAACUUGGUGUUUUAGGAGAUCUGUUGGCUUCAACUGAUGCUGCUGAUAAAGCUUCUGUUUUUGUCAUACAACAACAAAAAACAGCUAUGGAUGUUUAAAAAUUUGGGUUUGUUUGGUGCAUGGUUGCAAUCCUCAUCUUACAGACUAGUUUUAUAAAGAUUAAUUUGAUCUAAUAGUCACCAUUAUUUGAGCCGCAGCGUAAAGUUUUGUGAGUGUAAUAUGAUUGUGAUUGAAGUCGUAUCAACCACAUUUGACGAUGGUUCUAUGCAAUAUCAAGGAUUACGAUACAGAAAUCAAAAGGAUGUACAAAAAAUGCAAGUUUUUAAUCAUUGGGUGUACAAAAAAUGUUUUAGAAGAAUGUACAUAUAAUAGAAAAAUAGGGUGAUAAUUUGUAUCUUUUAUUUUAUAAAUUCAAUUAAAUUGUUUUCUUUGUGUUUUUAAUCAUAGGGUGUACAAAAAAUGUUUUAGAAGAAUGUACAUAUAAUAGAAGAAUUUAUCAAGUUUUGUUUGUGUUUUUUCCUGAUUUUGUCGUCUGUGUGCGGCGUUGUGUUGUUUGUCGUCUUGUGCGAAAUUGUUUGAUUUUGUGUCAUGUUGUGGUGAU